AUGAAUUUGAGAUUACUGCUGGAUACAAGAGCUGCAGCAGGAGGUAAUUAUUAUUAUUAUCACUCAUUUCUAGGGAAUCAUAAAAUCGUGAGAUAUCAUUCUUAUGCUUCUCAAGGUGGUUAUAAUGGUAGUAGAAUAAUAAGACAACUUGAACGUUUUAUGAUGGAUGAGUGUAAAUCUGGAAGGAUUAAGAAUUUUGAUGAUGGUUUGAAAUACUUUGAUCUAUUGAUUUUGGAGAGACCAUUACCUUCUAAUGAUACGCUUAAUCAUGUGUUCGGAUCAUUAUCCAAGAUUAAAUGUUAUUCAGAUGUCAUUUUGUUGUUUAAGAAGAUGAAUUUGGUUGGGGUACAACCUGGAAAAGUUAAUCAUGGGUUUUGUUUGCUGGGAGAGAUGUUAAAAAGAGGUUAUCAUCCUGAUACUGUCACUUAUACUACACUGAUCAAGGGGUUGUGUCUUCAAGCAAAGAUUGAUCUUGCAAUCAAAAUACCCGAUGGUGUUUCAUAUAAUGCUAUUAUAGAUACUCUUUGUAAAGAAGGUUUACUUGAUCAAGCUUUGGUUCUCUUCUCCGAAAUGCUUAACGAUUCGAAUAUUGUGCUUACUUACAAUAUUUUGAUUAACGGGUUUGGUAAUUCUGGCCGGUUAAAAGAUGUGAAAAGACUCUUUGAUGAGAUGCUUAGGCGAGGAAUUUCUGCAAAUUUAACUACUUACAAUUCUAUGAUUCAUAGUCAUUGUGUAAAUGGUCAACAUGAGGAAGCAAGACGAUAUUUUGAUGAAAUGAUGUUUCAAGGGAUUUCACCAGAUACAAUAACAUUUGGUAGGUCGGCUGCAAGAGGCGGUUAA